UCAGACUGGUGCACUGAUGAUGCGGGUUGUUUGUUGGCCGGGGGUCCAUCCCGUUUUUGAAGCAUUCUGCCUGCUACACGGUAGAUUUACCCUGAUAUGACCUUGCCUGUCGACAUGUCCCUCCUGAUAUGAAACGAAACGAGAAUGACUGUGUCGCUGAGAGCUAGUGCUACGAUUUUUAUCUGAUCCUUUCUUCGAGUGAAAGACAAAGCUGCAGUGAGUGGCAGUCAGGCGGCAGUACUUGUAGUGCUGACCAUUCGCGCACAAUCUUGUUCUGUCCUCUCCCGGAAAGACCGCGCGCGUGGCCUCACUGCUCACUACUGCAGCUCAGCUGUUUUAUUGCGAACUGAGCAGGUCGUGUAGCGAGUGUGCAGACUCAGCGAUCAGCUGCUGCUGCGUGGUGAGUGGACGGACGGCAUGCGACAGGUACCUCACUCAGUCGAGCGCUGAAGCUGCAAAAAGGUAGUCGUGAAAUCGUCAUAUCCUGCUGAGUGCUGUGAGGAAGGAACAGGAUUUUACUUAGUUUGGGCACCUGAUUUAGUAGUACUAGUAGUAUAGUUGACUGCGCCCUGAUUUCAGCGUCGUGUAAAUACCGCUCUGCUGACGGUUCGGCGUUGUGGCCGUCACUUGGGUGAGUUGAACUAACUCAGUUGAAGUCGAAUCACUGCGCUCCACGGAUUGAGCAUGGAGACUAGGUACGGUGAAGAUCGCCCAGGUCCCUCGUCGUCCUCCGACUCUGUUUCUCCGCUCAGCAGGCGCAAAGGACCUCUGGCACCUGUGUUGUUGCCUGGCAGUCAGCGGAACCCCCGCUAUCGCGCUGGCGCACUUGGCAACAGUCUGCCGCCAUUGGACGAACCCCCAGCAGUGGAGCUGCGACUCCCGAGCAUCACAAACAACACCGAGAAAACAACGCAGCCUCUACGUCCAGCACCCUUACGACCAGGUGUCAGCAGCGGCGAUGCUAACGAAGGUCGAUGCUCGCCACUAGCGGACGUGGAUCGAAUCGAGCGAUGUCCGUCACCGCUGCUAACUCAGCGGAGAAAAUCGCUCUCUCCGGCGAAACGUAGCGGCGGUGGCGGAGCGUCGUCGCGCCUUCAGCGCUCGCCGGAGCCCAUACGACGCAUCGCGAGUGCAGAGUCAUCCAGCAACGAUGACAUCCCCUCGAUCUACUUAGGCAGCGCCACUAGUACAAAUGGGUCUGUGUCUUCAUCCUCGUCCGCUGAGUAUCUGAGUGAGUCGUACCCACACCAGACAACUAGCAGCAUGUUUAGAGCGAGUAGAAGUGGCUCAAGCUCCACAUCGUCGCACAUCACCAGCCUGCGAGACUUCUCCUCGCUGAGCCGUUCCCUACCGUCACUAACGGAGGAGGAAUCGCCACGACGCACCUCGGCCCCGGCCAUCCAUUCGUCAUCACUCCUCGGAGCACGCCUGCCACGCAGCGGCUCGUUCGAGAGCGAGCUAUCGUCGCACCAUGGCGACUCGCGUCUCGGCCGGCAUCGUCACCAUAGCAACCCGUCGGCGAUGGCAUCCAAGUCGCUGGCCGGCAGCAUGGCAAGCCCGAUGACGUCGCGGCGUCGGCCUCGGCAACCGUCGUCACCAACACCUCUCAGUCUUGGAGACCUGUCACCAGACAUGGCUGCAGGAAUGCUCUACUCCAGGGAGUGUGCUACGUCCUCACGACGACGGAGCAAAACGGUAAGCCGGCUGUUGUAUAUGCAAGUUGUAAUAUAUCUACUACACAGGUUGGCUACUGUAUUGCGCAUGCUCGGAUUGGUCUGUUGUUGUUUUACCAGACCAAGAAGUAAUCAGUCCUGGUGUUUGUCAGUGCCUGUCAGGAUGUAAGAUAAUGUACAGUCAACUUUGCGUAGAACGACACUCGGCAGCGGGGCAUCAGAAUAGCGUCCUUAGUCGCGAAGUGUCCGUUAACCCGAAGUCUCAUUAUAUGUAUUACAGUUAAAACAAUAGGAGGACAGAGGAAGUGUUUUUACUUUCUCUGUCCUCCUAUUGUUUGAACCAGCUCUACCUCUCGUCUCGGUAUUGAGCACUCUCUUGGACAGCCUGGAACCUCUCUGUUUUAUAUGUAUUACAGUUAGAUUGGACUUUGCUCUGGGCAUGGACAUUCUGUGGGUAUUCGCGAAUUGUCAAUUACACCCGCAGUCAUUAGUAGCCAAGUUCACUGUACCUGUAUAUCAGUGCGCAAGGGGAUAUCAGCAUAACACCGCGCUGGGCAAAUUCCGUGCGUUUUUCACUGUCUCCCUUCAUGUUCCACAUGUGGCGGGCACACCGGCUCUGUGCUCUUUCGCCAACACUGUCAUGGGCGAAAAGGGGUCUUUCCCUGUGUGGCGAGCCGAAUGGAAUUAGUAGCUGUGAGUUCACCUUUAUGGGCACAUCAAGAGUACAUGAAAACCAGAGUGUGCAGCUUGGGGCAUUUUCCACUAUGGGUGUCU